AUGUAUAUUAAAUAUAAUAAAAAAGAUUAUGAUGUAGAAGUAAGUGAUGGAGAUGAAGAUGGUGAUAAUAAAGAUGAUAGUAGUAAUGAAGAAGACGACGAUAUAGAAAAGAUAAAUUCUAUUAAAGAAAAUGUAGAUUCUAGUAGUAAAGAAGCUGGUGAAAUAGAUUCUGAUAAAGAAGUAAUAGAUUAUAUGAAUAUAGUUUCUAGCAGUGAAAAAGGUGGUGGUGUUGAAGAAGAAGAAUAUUCUGAAAAUGGUAAAAUAGAUUCUAGUAAUAUAGUUUCUAGCAGUGAAAAAGGUGGUGGUGUUGAAGAAGAUGAUUCUGAAAAUGGUAAAAUAGAUUCUAGUAAUAUAGUUUCUAGUAGUGAAAAAGGUGCUGGUGUUGAAGAAGAAGAGGAAGAAGAUUCUGAAAAUGGUAAAGAAAUAUAUUCUAGUAAUAUAGUUCCUAUUGAAGGUGGUGUGAAAAAUUAA